CGGGAGCUACGAGGUGGAAGGGAGGUGAGACUGCUGCGCGCCAGCGGUUGGAGAGACUUGACUUUGCGUUUCUGGAACCUAAAGGGCAUUUUGAUGCAGAGUCAUAAUCAAAGAAAAAUACCCGAAGUGAGACAGUGUAAGCCCGAUAUAAGCGUGUGUAAAUCAGUGAAUUAUCCUUGGAUAUUUUACCUUUAAACGAGGGAUAGGAUCGUGCAUGACGAGGCCGACCCCGCCAUGCAGGAAGUCCGGACCGCCACACCCCCCCCUUCGCCGCCGCCGCCGCCGCCCCCCCACGCCCCCCUCCCGCCCUUACGCCCUCUCCGCCGCCCCCCUCACUUCCUCUUCUUCUUCUUCUUCCUCUUCUUCCUCUCUUCCUCGAGCGUGAGGGAUGUCGGGGUAGCGGGUCAGAGGAAGGCUGCGGGGACAUUAACACUCCUGGGCGCCGUUCCGAAUACCUCCUUCACGUGUGCAGGUCGUACGGCAGGUUACUACGCCGACCCGGAUACAGGAUGCCAGGUGUACCACAUGUGCGACACGCUGGAGAAGCAAUAUUCGUACCUGUGUCCCAACUACACACUCUUCAACCAGAAGUUCAUGGUGUGUGAUCAUUGGUACAUGGUUAACUGCUCCUCGGCGACCACGUUCUAUGAUCUUAACCACCAUAUUGGCGAGGUUCCAGACAAGAAGGAAGGCCAGGGCGCCGGAGCCAACGUGAUCCACGACGGCGGUGAAGGGUCUCCCGAGAAGGACUCUCCGGGGAAGGAGUCGAAGUCCGCACCUGCGGCAGUCGUUUCCAAAGCCCCCGGGACACCUCCCACGAAACCGACAUUCCCGGCCACCGUCAGCUCGAAUCAGCAGCGGACGUCGCCAAGACCCACACCUUCCACGAGUCAAACUCCUACCGAUGCCCCCCCUCCUCAGAGCCCCACGACGACCUCGAGGCCUUCACCAGCGUCGGAUAUCUUCAAGGGCCCUCGGCUGCCGACGAAGCUCGAUUCCCGCGUCGACAUCCCCUUCCUCCAGACGACGCUGACGGCGCCCUCCUCCCCGAUGGUCCCUGCCUUCGUGGCGCGCGACCCCGUCAGCAAGUUUAGCUUCACCAGCAACAGAGAGGAAGACUCGUCCGUCGAUCCCAUAGAAUUGCAGGACAUCGUUUUCCGGCCGCUGGUUGCUCGGCCGAAGAACAGGACCAUCUCGACCGACCUGGUUCCGCCGCCGAUGCUGAAACCUCUGCUCGCCACCGCCACCCCCCUCGACCAGCGGGCUCGGCCACAGGAUGAUUUUGCGGUCUCCCUGAACUCCACCGCCUCAGGAGGAUUUCAGGUACCUAGCACUCAUUUCCAGCCCCCGAUAAGAGACUCGGAUGUCACCCUCAGGCCCCGAGGAAGAGAAUCCUCAGUCUCCUUCACUCCUCCCAAAAUAGGAGCGUCGGUAAUCCCCCAGUCCCCUGCAUUAGGAGCGCCCGCCAUUCCUCCGAGUGUCUUCUUAGAACCUCCUCCCGUUUUCCCGGUCCGCUUCGCCUUCGGGACGGUGCCUCCCCCGCGCGGCCAGAGACUGAACCCCCAGCCUCCUCCUAGGAUGAAGCAGGAGGCGCCGACGCCGUUAGCCUCGCGCAUGGGUCUCCUCCGGCCCUUACACACUCCGGUCUCCAGCGUCCCCGUGGAAGCCAUGCACUUCUCUUCGGCUCGCGGCAACCGGGACUUCUUCAUCCCAUCCGAGGGCCUCACUUUGCCGGCGGAGGACCUGUCCAUCGUGAGCGAGAACAGCCUGGGCGAGUCGCAUAAUCACCACACACACGACCACCACCACGACCACAUGACUAUGGUGUUCCCUGCUGAUCCCAAUGAGGAGUUUGCGGCGCUUAAGCUUAAUCCCGAAUGCCCCAGGUGUCACCCAGCUUUCCUGAAACCUGGCCAGUGCACGCCCUGCGUCCUCAUCAGAUAGAGAUGGAUGCAGUCAUUGGCGGAAAGAGGAUAAGCAACAUAAGCUGAAACGGGAAAUGGCAGAAGGGAGGGGGUAUUUUUGUAAGUAUUAAAGGUUUACGAAAAAAAAAACACUGACAAUUAUAGAUGGAGAUGAGUUCAUAUUUGCAUUAAAAAAUAACUUUCAACCUUAUAAAAGAAAGAAAAAAAAAAGAGAUAACUAAAAACUAAAAUAACAAAAGUCUUAUUCCGGCAUGGAUUAGGCCUGAAGUUUGACUUUUUGCAUUUUACAUUAAACAACCAAAAAAUACAUAAUUCCCGACUUCCUAAGAAUAUUUAUUUAGUUAUCGUCUUUAAUAACACGUAAUACCAUUAGAAAAUUGCAGUCUGUCUAAAAAAGAUAAUUGAGAACGCGCGGUCUGCCAUCAAAGAAAACGUGGAAGGCAAUACAUUUGUGAUUUAUCGGUUUUUGUUAGGCACACAUCCUGAACAGAAUAGCUAUACUUCAGCAUUUUAGAUAUAAUUAGAUGGUAGCAUGACUAAAAGCAUAUAAGUAUUUGCAUUUAAGGAAAAAAUAAAGCAAAAUACUUCAUUACUGUAAAUAUUAAAAGGCUUCCUUGUGUAAAGCACACGAGAUAGCAAAUGCAAUAUCCGUAGCAGAAGACCAGAAAUAAUUUAUUACUGAUUUAUGUAAAGAUAAGGAGAGGCAUGUGACGUUAAGAAUCUACAAAAAAAGAAAUCCUGAUAUGGAAAACCUGGCGCUUUUUGUUCUUGUUAAUUAACAUGCUUUUGCUAGUUUUACUUACUAGUUACUGAAUUAGGUGUAACGCUAUAUAUGUAUUCGACAACGCUUACUAAAAUAGGUGAAUUUGUAAUGCCUAUUUCAUAAUUAAGCAGCAGUAACAGUCAGUAACAAAUGACACGCUACCAAGGAUUAGUAUCAACAAAAUAUACCAUAAACCAUACUAUUAUCAUUACAGGAAGUGAGCAAAUGUAAUUCUCAUUCCCAGUACAAUGAGUACCUGGAACAAUGCAUUUAUAUAUAUUACUGAACACCCAGUUAUUUUUUCCACACAAAGUAAAGCUUGAGAUACAAGUCUAUGGAUAAUGGAAUCCUAAAAUAUCCCAGUGCCAAAAGCCGGUCUAGAAAUAAACAGGAUUUGAGUCAACUAAUUACCAGUGAUGGGCCUUUUUUUUUUUUAAAGUGUAAUUUUGUCCAAUGCUCCAAUUUCUUUCAUACAAGGCCAGAGUUGGAUAAAUAUUUGGUGUAUGUGUAAAGGUAUCAAUGACAUGGUAAUUAUGUAGAGAUUUUCCCACACACGGAAUGGAGAAGGUAUUACUUCUCAAUGGGCAGUGUUUUAAGUGUGAUUACAUACCUCAUGUAGGAUUUUGAUGUUAUAAUUAUGAAAAUGUGACGUUAGAUGAAACAUACAACCGAAAAGUAUAAGUAGAUGUAUAGAUAAGGUUUUUUUUUUUAUUCAUCUGUCAAUAAAAUUCAGUGUGUGUACAUGUGUACGUAUGUGGGUGGAUGGAUGUGCAUCUGUAUCACAUAGCAACACAUGCACACACAAUAAUAUAUACAUAUA